AUGCUAAUGCGGUUAGAGGCUGGCGAAAUUUCAGAAGACGAUGCCGAAUCAGAUGAGGAUGACUUGGAUUUCUAUCCGUCUCGCAAAGAUCUACAAGCCGUACUCGAAGAUAAAGAAGUAAGUGAUGAAGAGGAAGUGCCUGAAACUGAAGAAUGCCCGGAUCCUCCCCUGGUUCAUGAAGAAAUCUAUCAACAAGCUUCGACUUCUCGGUCUAAUGUAUUUCCGCAAAUAAAUACACGAAAUUUGAUUUGGAAAAAACGCUCUUUGGAGUAUAAAGAGGAAUCAAUUGCUUUCUUGGGUAGUACAGAAUUAGGACCUGAACUAAUGAAACUAGAAACCCCACUGCAGUUCUUUUCACAGUACUUUUCAGAAGACUUGUUGAAAAAAAUUGUUGAAGAAACCAAUAAAUAUUCGACGCAGACCAAUAUUGAUCGCCCCGUUCAAAUAAGCCUUACAGAACUUCGAAAAUAUUAG